UGACAGUUCUGAAAUGUGACAACCAAAACGUAAACAAUCUUUUGUUGGAAAAUAUUUUUUUAACUUUCUCAGAUCAUAAGUUUAAUAAUAAUGUCUAGUUUUCACAAAAUAAGUGAAACUCAGACAAGUGUUAGUGGGACGAAACUUAAAAAUAAUUCAAUUUACGUAUCGUCUGGGAUACCCUCGCUAGAUCAUAUCGUGGGUGGAGGUUUGCCUUCCGGAGCUAUUUUUGUCGUCGAGGAAGAUGUCUUAGGAAAUUAUAGCAGAAUUCUCAAUAAAUACUUCCUUUCUGAAGGAAUAAUAUGCAAACAUGCACUUUUUAUUGCAUCAGCUGAUGAAGACCCACAUGAAAUUGUUAAAGAACUACCUAAGCCAUGUGCACAACCCCUUGAAGAUGAUAUAAUUGACACCACUGAGAGGACUGACAAAAUGAAAAUUGCUUGGAGAUAUGAAGCUCUCAACCAAGUAGAGUCUUCCUUUGGCAGUACCACAAAUUUUGGCCACCAUUUUGAUUUGAGCAAGCAUAUUGAAGAGGAUAUUGUUAAAAGCAGCCAAAUUUCAUAUAACUAUCUAGAAAACAGUGAACAAAAUGUAAAUGGUUUCAGAAAUGGGCUUUACUUCAAGCUGUUGCAGAACAUAAAAGAAGCAAUUAAAGAUUAUAAAAGCAAUGGCAAAGCUGAUAAAAAUAUACUGAGAAUUAGCAUUCAGUCUUUGGGGUCUCCUAUCUGGAUGGCUAUGGACUGUGAGGAAGACUCCCAUGAACGUUAUGGAAAAGAUCUGAUCAAGUUCAUGUACUGUCUUAGAGUACUACUCAGGGACACAAGUGCUGUCGCAUUUCUCACUAUUCCAUCACAUUUGUUUGAUGAUGAUCACCUCAUGAAAAGGCUUUUAUAUUCAAUUGACAAUGCAGUAAAAAUUGAAUCAUUCACUGGAUCAAGCAAAGAAACAAAUCCGGUUUAUAAAGACUAUCAUGGACUUUUCCACAUAACAAAACUAAGUGCAAUAUAUUCCAUGGUGCCUUAUGUGCCUCCAAGCCUGGAUCUUGCUUUCAAACUAAAGAGGAAGAAGUUCUUAAUUGAAAAACUGCAUUUACCACCAGAACUUGAAGAAACAAGUGAGAGGGAGCAAGAUGAUAUUACUGCAACACCAUACACUUGUGGAGGAUUCAAGAAAAAAGACAUAGAUUUCUAAGUGUUAUGUAUAGUAAAAAUAAGUAUAACAUCAAUUGUUAUGAAUUUUAAAAUAUAUUGCCUAUUUUCAGAGCUUUAUAUUUUAUUCUACCAUAAAAGUUUUACCGGCGCUCCAAAGUUAACGAUGCGGGCUCUCGCAUUCACACAUAUUUGCGUUGGAGUAACUGAAGCCUUAAUUAUUAGUCACCCCACCUGCUCAGCGGAGCGCAUCUCCCUAAAACCGGCGAAUCUAUUCACGUUUGUUGUUUAUUCACAUGCUCGCGACGCCGCUGUGAUGCCAUCGUAGUGGCUUUUUGUAAUUUCUACAUUUCUUUUACAAAUACUUUUUAUAAUAACCUAAUUAGAAUCUAAAAUGAAGUGCAAAAAAGUUUCUAGCGCUAAAGUUCUGUUUGGAUUCUUCAACACAUUGUUUUUCGUAAGUUUAUUUCUUUAUUUUCAUACGUAAUAGUAUUUAUAGUGUAAUAUUCCAUCUUCGGAAUCAUUUCAUUAUGUCAUUGAUCGUGCAUGGUCAUGACUUGGUGUAAAAGGAGUUUAAUUAUUAAGAUGACUAUUAUACUUAUAGAGACUAAGUAGUAACAUUAAAAUAUUGUAAGUAAUUUCAUUUACCUGAUUAAUAACACUCUGAAACUGUUAGUAAUAGUCUGAUCUGAAUGUUCCCAGACCAAUUGUAAAGAUUCUUUUGUGUAACAAGUUUUAAAGGUUACCGCGACACAAGCUUCGCUUAGUGCGGUAUCCGCUAGAUAUAAGGACUUUAUGUAUUUGGUUUUACUGGCAAUAAACGUUUUAUUUAUUUUU